AUGAUUAAUAAUAAACUAUUCAUUUAUUACUUUUAUAUUAAUCAAAUAAAUAUACUUUAUAGUUCAGAACGUACCUAUUUAGGUAAUAUACGAUUAAGUAAUGAUGGUGUGAAAAUUCUGGAUUUACAGAAUUUACCCAUUUUUGAAAAGUAUACAUUAACACAAUCAACUAUUGAUUUUUUGAAGAAACCAACAUUUGAUAUUUGGCAUUGGGAACCAAAUGAAAUGUUAGCUCUAUUGGAACACAUGUAUAACGAAUUAGGUGUAGUUUCGGAAUUCAAUAUAAAUCCAUUAACAUUGAAACGUUGGUUGUUAUCUAUACAAGCGAAUUAUCGUAAUAAUCCAUUUCAUAAUUUUCGACAUUGUUUUUGUGUUGCACAAAUGAUGUAUGGAAUUUUAUAUUUAUGUGGAUUGAAUAAUGAUUUUUCACGUGAAGAAUUAGGAAUCCUAUUGACUGCUGCUGUAUGUCAUGAUUUAGAUCAUCCAGGAUAUAGUAACUCUUAUCAAAUAAACGCAAGAACAGAACUGGCCAUACGAUAUAAUGAUAUAUCACCAUUGGAAAAUCAUCAUUGUGCUGUUGCAUUCAGUAUAUUGAAUAAUCCUGAAUUAAAUAUUUUUGCAAAUGUCAAUCAAGAAGUAUUCCGUCGAAUAAGACAGGGUAUGACAAGUUUAAUUCUCUCUACUGAUAUGGCAAGACAUGGUGAAAUAUUAGAAACAAUGAGAAGACAUUUAGAAGAAGGUUUUUCAAUGAAUAAAAAAGAACAUCGUGAAACUUUCAAAAUGGUUCUCAUUAAAUGUUGUGAUAUAUCAAAUGAAGUAAGACCAUUAUCGGUCAGUGAACCAUGGGUUGAUUGUUUAUUGGAAGAAUAUUUUAAUCAGUCUGACCGAGAGAAAUUAGAAGGUUUGCCAGUAGCACCAUUUAUGGAUCGUGAAAAGGUUACUAAACCAUCAGCACAAAUUGGUUUCAUCAAAUUUGUCCUCAUUCCAAUGUUUCAAACGGUGGCAAGUGUUUAUCCAAUUAUUGAUGAACUUAUGGUAACUCAAUUGAAAUCAGCAUUAGAACGUUAUGAAAAGAUGUUGGCUGAAGAAGAAGAAACAAAACGUAACUUACAAAUGAAUGAAGCAGAUUAAUACUUUAAUAAAAGACAUGCUGAACUGAUACACACACACACACAUGCACACUCACAUGCAUACAAUCAAGAAUUUUGUAUACGUGAACAUAAAGGUGAUCAUUUUUGGCUUCCAUUCUCAACUUAAUAACAUAAUCAUGUUGUCUUUUCCAAAUAAUUGUUGUUUUUCUUUUGUAAAACACUACUUAGAAAAACUGUAACUAGUGCACGUGGCUAUCAGAACUCAAUAUCUG